GGCGGGGGCGGGAGCCAGGCGGCAGAUCCCGCGUCCGUGGGGGAGGAGCGGCAGCAGCGGCUGCUGGAGCUGCUGUGGCGACCGACGCGAGGCGGUGGCAGAGGAGACCCACCCCUGUCCACAUGGACAGUCGCAAAGGCCUCCGCUGAUGCAUUCACGCCUGGGCGGGGUGGACGGACGGCCGUAGCGGCGGCGGCUGCAGAAAGAGCGAGGGGCCUGCGAGCGCCUGUCGGUCGCGGAGACCUCGCCGCUCCGGCGCGGCGGGUGCGGCCAUUUUACGGCCUUGGGACGAAGAGAGGCGUGUUUGUGUGCUCUCCUUCAUCCUUCUUUGCUGGGGGCCCGCGGCUCAGAGACGCUUCUCAGGCUGCCUGGGCGGGCGGUGGAUGGGGAGUCGUGGGCCGAGAGGAACCAGGCCCGGGAAGCGCCGUCGCCGUCGUCGCCGCUCGCGUUCCCCCGAAGGGGCUUGAGGAGGAGCCCAGGCCGCGGGCCUCGUCGCCCGCCAGCCCGCGGACAGGCCCGGGCGCGCUUGGCCUGCUUUUGUGUAGGCCUGUCCGGACGUGGGAACGCAGCCCGCCUGACGGCUGAGCCCGAGGCCCGCAACCCUGCGGCGGCUACCCUCCUGCGGCGCGGCCCCUCAUCCCGGCGAGCACGGCGGCGGUGUGGGCCAUGGAUUAAGGAGGCGGCGGCGUGGGAGGAGGAAGAUGGCGGCCGGCAAGAGCGGAGGCAGCGCUGGGGAAAUUACUUUUCUGGAAGCUUUGGCUAGAUCAGAAUCUAAGAGAGAUGGAGGUUUUAAAAAUAAUUGGAGCUUUGAUCAUGAAGAAGAAAGUGAAGGAGAUACAGAUAAAGAUGGAGCAAAUCUACUUAGUGUAGAUGAAGAUGAGGAUUCUGAAACCUCAAAAGGAAAAAAGUUAAAUCGUCGAUCUGGAAUUGUUGCUACUAGUUCUGGUGAUUUCUUCUUGAAGACAUAUGUAAGGCGCAACAAGACUGAAAGUUUUAAAACUUUGAAAGGCAACUCAAUUGGACUUAACAUGUUGAGCAACAAUAAGAAAUUGAGUGAAAAUACACAAAAUGCAUCAUUAUGUUCUGGAACUGUAGUUCAUGGUAGACGUUUUCACCAUGCUCAUGGGCAGAUACCAGGAGUAAAAACAGCAGCCCAAAGCAAUCUGGACCGAAAAGAAAGGAAAGAAUACCCGCCUCAUGUCCAAAAAGUUGAAAUUAAUCCUGUAAGGUUAAGUCGGCCCCAAGGUGCUGAACGUAUAAUGAAGAAAACAGAAGAAUCUGAAUCACACGUGGAGCCUGAAAUUAAGAGGAAAGUACAACAGAAACGUCACUGUAGUACAUAUCAGCCUACUCCUCCUUUGUCUCCUGCUUCAAAAAAAUGUUUAACCCAUUUAGAGGAUUUGCAAAGAAAUUGCAGACAAGCUAUAACUUUGAGUGAAUCUCCUGGACCAUUAUUAAGAACGUCAAUUCAUCAGAAUUCUGGAGGACAGAAGUCACAAAACACAGGAUUAACAACCAAGAAGUUUUAUGGCAACAGUGUGGAAAAGGUUCCAAUUGAUGUUAUUGUGAAUUGUGAUGAUAGUAGGCGCAAUUAUUUACAGACUAAUGGAAAAGUUAUUUUACCUGGGACAAAAAUACCCAAAAUCACAAACUUGAAAGAAAGAAAAACAAGCCUGUCAGAUCUAAAUGAUCCAAUUAUUUUGUCCAGUGAUGAUGAUGAUGACAAUGACAGGUCUAAUAGAAGAGAGAGCGUAUCUCCUCAACCUGCUGAUUCAGCAUGUUCUUCCCCAGCACCGUCUACUGGAAAAGUAGAAGCAGCACUAAAUGAAAAUACCUGCAAAGUAGAGCAUGAACUAAGAAGCAUUCCAGUUGACUCAGAGUUAAAUACAGUUACAUUGCCAAGAAAAGCAAGAAUGAAAGACCAGUUUGGCAAUUCUAUUAUCAACACACCUCUAAAACGUCGUAAAGUGUGUUCUCAAGAAACUUUAGUUGAUCCUGUAUCUUUAAGCUGCCCCAAACCCUUUGACAAUGUCGUUGUAAGCUGUCGAAGUAUACGAGUAGGAACUCUUUUCCGGCUAUUAAUAGAACCUGUAAUUUUUUGUUUAGAGUUUAUCAAGAUACAACUAGAUGAACCAGAAUGUGAUCCUGUAAAGAUUACUUUAAAUACCUCUGAUCUAACCAAAUGUGAAUGGUGUAAUGUCCGAAAAUUACCAGUAGUGUUUCUUCAGGCGAUACCAGGAGUUUAUCAAAAGCUGAGCAUGCAACUGCAGAUGAAUAAGGAGGAUAAAGUUUGGAAUGAUAGUAAAGGAAUGAGUAAAUUAACAAGUUUGGAAGAACGAUAUAUAAUUUUAAUUUUUCAAAAUGGCCUUGAUCCUCAGAGAAAUAUGAUAUUUGAAAAUAUCAUUACUGAGAUUGGUAUAAAGAAUAACGUUUCCAAUUUUUUUGCAAAAAUCCCCUUUGAAGAAGCCAAUAGCAGACUUGUUGCCUGUACAAGAACCUAUGAAGAGAGCAUCAAAGGAAGUUGUGUGCAAAAAGAAAACAAAAUUAAAACUGUAUCUUUUGAAUCUAAAAUACAACUUAGAAACAAACAGGAAUUCCAGUUUUUUGAUGAUGAAGAAGAAACUGGGGAGAGCCACACUGUCUUCAUUGGCCCAGUAGAAAAGUUGAUAGUAUAUCCACCACCUCCAGCUAAGGGUGGCAUCUCUGUUACUAAUGAGGAUCUGCACUGUCUAAAUGAAGGCGAAUUUUUAAAUGAUGUUAUUAUAGACUUUUAUUUGAAAUAUUUGGUGCUUGAAAAACUGAAGAAAGAAGAAGCUGACCGAAUUCAUAUAUUUAGUUCUUUCUUCUAUAAACGCCUUAAUCAGAGAGAAAGGAGAAAUCAUGAAACAACUAAUCUGUCCAUACAGCAAAAACGACAUGGAAGAGUAAAAACAUGGACCCGGCAUGUAGAUAUUUUUGAGAAGGAUUUUAUUUUUGUACCCCUUAAUGAAGCUGCACACUGGUUUUUGGCUGUUGUUUGUUUCCCUGGUUUGGAAAAACCAAAGUAUGAACCUAAUCCUCAUUACCAUGAAAAUGCAGACAUACAAAAAUGUUCAACUGUAGAGGACAGUUGUAUUUCUUCUCCUUCAGCCAGUGAAAUCGACAGUUCACAAAACUCUUCUGCCAAGCCUGUAAUUAAGAAGAUGCUAAACAAAAAGCAUUGCAUAGCUGUAAGUGAUUCAAAUGCUGGACAGGAAGAAAGUGACUCUCGUUAUCGGAGAAAUAUAUGCAGUGUGAAGUGUAAUGUGAAAAAAAUAAAUUAUACUGCAAGUGAAAAUGAAGAAUCCGAUAAAGGAGAAUCUGCAUGCCCAAAAGGUGCUGAUAGGACUAAAAGUGAGAAUGGCCUACAGAAUGAAUGUUUAAGUUCUAUGCCCCAUACAGAUGGCUUAAGCAAAAUCAAAGUAAACUAUGAUGAAGAAUCGGCUGUAAGUGGUAAAAUGCUUGAAGAUGAACUUAUCGACUUCUCAGAAGAUCAGGAUAACCAGGAUGAUAGCAGUGAUGAUGGAUUCCUUGCCGAUGACAACUGCAAUUCAGAAAUAGGACAGUGGCAUUUAAAACCUACUAUCUGUAAACAACCUUGUAUCCUACUUAUGGACUCACUCAGAGGCCCUUCUCGGUCAAAUGUUGUCAAAAUAUUAAGAGAGUAUUUAGAAGUGGAAUGGGAAGUUAAAAAAGGAAGCAAAAGAAGUUUUUCCAAAGAUGUUAUGAAGGGCUCUAAUCCAAAAGUACCUCAGCAAAACAACUUCAGUGACUGUGGUGUAUACAUAUUGCAAUAUGUAGAGAGCUUUUUUGAGAAUCCAGUUCUCAAUUUUGAACUACCUAUGAAUUUGGCAAACUGGUUUCCUCCUCCAAGAAUGAGAACAAAAAGAGAAGAAAUCCGAAACAUAAUCCUGAAGCUGCAGGAAGAACAGAGCAAAGAGAAAAAAAAACAUAAAGACACUUACUCAACAGAAGCAUCUUUAGGUGAAGGAACAGAACAAUAUGUCAACAGUAUCUCAGAUUGACCAUUUCUGUUGCUUGUCAGUUCUGCCUUCUGAAACUAAAUGACUUUCAACUUUGGGUAUAGACAGUAAAGAACUGAAGUGCUCACUACUCAGAGUGAUUUGGAAAUUUUAAUGCUUGUAAAAAUGUCAUAUAAUUAAUUUCCAAAGGAGUAUGUAUUAAGUAAAAGUCUGUAAAUAUGUUAAUGAGGCCAAUUUUUCCAGCAUUUAUAAUUAUUUUUUUCACUUGUUAGGAAGCUUUUGUUAUGUAUUUUCUGUUAAUAGUACUUAAAAUUGCAACUUCUAAACACGAAAUAAAAAAAUAUUUAUAGGAGGAAAUGAUUAAUUUGAUAUUCUUCAGUGAAGCUUGUAUAAUUCCUCAGUGGGUGUGACAUGUUUCAUGGGAAUAUUCAAGUAUCUAUGGUAAUCUUUUGACCCUUUAGAAAUUUUCACAACUCAAAAUGUGAAAAUAAAAUUAAAUCUAAGAUAUUCUGAACUAAGAAGACAUCUUCAUAUGCUUGUAUAGCAAGAAAAAAGUAACAGCUUUUAAAUUCAUAUACUUCUGUAUGUUCAGAAAACACAAGAAAUGUAAUAAAUAUUUAUAAUUUUACACAGAUAUUUAACAAGCAGUAUUAAGAGCAAUUCAAAAAAACAAUCUUGAAUUAUACCACUAAAAUAUAACUAUACUUGCAUACAUUGUUAAAUGCAUUUCUGAAGACAUCAAAGACUCAGGUUAAAACUGUUUUGGUAAGUGCAUCUUGAAUUUUAAAUAUCCCAUGUUACCUUUCUAUAUUAUAGCUUAAAGUGUGCUAUAAUCUGUGUGAUAUAAUUAAUUGAUGAACAUUUUUAAUCUGUGUAAACACAGGAAUUUAAAUAGGAAUUUACUAUUUUUUGUAAUAGCUUUUGCUAUUUUUUCAUUGCUCAUUUUGUUCUUGUUAUUUUGAUAAAGUAUCAGACUUUUUGCUU